AUUUAAGUAAGUUCAUCCAAUCAAUCUAUCAUCCUCAGUAGAGAUCAUAAUAUUCUAUCGUCAGUAAACAUGAAUCAACCAAAUCCAUCACCUUCUGCAUCUGCAUCUUCUUCGGCAUCUUCAUCUUUAAAUCAACCUAAUCCAUCAACCGGUCCAUCUGAAUUUGUUAAAAAAUUAUAUAAUAUGCUAGAAGAUUCCGAUUCAAAAGAGAUCGUUUCUUGGUCGACUUCCAAAGAUUCAUUAAUUGUAAAAGAUCAAAAUUUAUUUCAAACUAAAAUCUUACCACAACAUUUCAAACAUUCCAAUUUCGCUUCAUUUGUCCGUCAAUUAAAUAAAUAUGAUUUUAGAAAAGUUAAGAUCGAUCAUCAUGAUCAAAAUCAAAACGAUACUUCGUUGAGAUGGGAAUUUCAUCAUCCUCAUUUCAGAGCUGAUACUUUAGCCAACCUGGAUAAUAUUAAAAGAAAAACUUCAUCCAAUAGAAGAUCAUCUGCGAAAGUAGUGACAACACCACUGGCAGCAACAACAGUAGCACCUGUUCAACCUAUCCAUCAUCAUUCGAUUGAUAAACUUCAAUUAGAUUUAAAGAAUUUGAUUGAAUUACAUCAUCAAACUGAACUUGUGGUUCAAGAAUUAAUUAAAUCUAACACUGAUUUGACUCAUCAACUUUCACAAUGUCAUCAACUUAUCUCUGAUCAAGACCUACGUCUUCAACGUUUAGAAAAUCAUCAAGAUGCGAAAAAGUCUACAAUCGCUCAAGAUCGAAAUGCACGCCAGGAUCAUGACUUUAAGGUUUUAGAAAGCCCUACUACUAUCCUUCAACCUAGUACUACCCAAUCUCAUCAGUUUUCACAACCCGACCAAGACGAAAGAAAUUUCAUUCAACUUGAUCCACAUUCAUUGAUUCAAAGCUCUUCAAUAUUAUCUUCAAGUUCAUCAAACACGUUACCGUCUCACAAUUCAAUAUCUAAUUUCCAACUGCCUUCAAUCCAAGAAGCGAAGAAAUGGCUUAGUCCUCCAACAGUCUUAUUAGUAGAAGAUGAUCAGAUUUAUAGAUCUUUAAGUGGUAGGAUCUUGGAAUUUAUCGGUUGUAAGAUGGUCACUUGUAAUGAUGGAAUCGAAGCUGUUCAAGUCAUGGCUCAACAACAAUUUGAUUUAGUCUUUAUGGAUAUUUAUAUGCCUUUCAUGGAUGGAAUUUUGGCUACUAGUCUGAUUAGACAAUUUGAUUUGUUUACUCCAAUUAUCUCUAUGACCUCUAAUUUUACUCCGACUGAAAUUAAUAAAUAUUUAGGUAUAGGUAUGAAUGAUUGUUUACCUAAACCAUUCACGAAAGAAAAAAUGCUGAAGAUGUUAGAAAAACAUUUAGUUCAUCAUUUGGUCGAUGAGAAAGUUCAAUUAGCUACCAAUAAAAGAUCAUUAAAUGAAUUCCAUGAGUCUUUCUCAAUUUUAAAUUAUAAAGAUGAUGAUCAAGAUCAUCAACUUCUGAAACGUUCAAAAGUUGUUUGAGUUUCUUUUGUCAAAUGCUUCGAAUUUGAAGGAUAGAGUUGUGGAAGACUUUAAAUUAUAUUGGGAUUAGCGGUUUUUGGGAACUUGGUUCUUCAUCCAUCUCACAAAGGGAAUCUGAUUAAGAGCUGACUUUUUGGAAUGUACAAUAUUCGUUUUUAUUUUAUUUGAUAGUUGGAUACAUUUGUAAUAUAAAAUGUAUACGUAACCUGAGCUUUUUUCUUUAGCUUGUAUCUCUGAUAGACAAUUAUUUUGCUCAUAUUGAACCCUAAACAGGUAGAUGAAAAGUAUUUUCAUAAGAAAUCAUCAACAAC